AUGAAUGAGUUCGGUUUACAACGCCUAUGCUUUAAAUUAAUUAAUAAUACAACUAAACAACAACAACAACAACAACAACAACAACGUAUACAGAUUUUACCACCAUUACUUGCAUCUCCAUCGGCAAUAAAUUCACCUAUAAACAUUCCACCGGCUACUACUACAACUAAUUCUUCAGUCAUAUCAUAUCCUGAAUCUCAACAUCAUACACAUUCAACAUCGAAUUCUUCUAAACGACCACGUACAAGUACAACUAGUGUAAAACAAAUUACUGCAACACCUAAAAAACUUUUUUCAUAUACACAGUAUGACUGGAAUUUUCUCUCAACAUUAUCACCAACGGUUCUUGAUUGGCUUUAUGUUAUUAAUGGUAUACAAAAGCCAGUAGAAAAAUUUGUUCGUAAACGUGAAAAACGUCCUGAUGCUAUUCUAGCUUAUUUUCUUAUUGAAACAAAAUCUGUAUCAAUCUUAUUACAAAGUAAAUUCUAUGAAUUAUUAACUCCAAAAACAAAAUAUCUUCUUUCACAUCCUGUUUGUUAA